GUGCACAUACAGUGCAGCUGCUCUAGUUCCUGUACCGUUUUUUCUGGAGGCGUCGCGGACCCUCCUAAUUAUCUGGGAGGCAUGUGAGCAGCUUUCGUCGAAUAGACUUUCUUGUCUUCGCAUCGUCGAACGCUGUGCAGGAAUGCUUUACUUUGUGCGCGAGCAGAUCGAAGGGGUCGGUCCUAUCGUUGGAAAGGAACUCGACGCGGCCUUCCACGUCUUUAGAGAAGUCAUCUUUCAAAUUGAGGGAUUUCUCUGCAGAAUCAGCCGCCGACCAAUGCUCAAGCGCUUCAUCAGGAGAGCUGAAAUUGCGAAAGAACUUUGCAAUUGUGAUCAGGCUUUGAUGGAUGCUUGGCUAAGAUUAAAUGCAACGGUAUCCGUGAAGAUCGUCCAGAAUGUCGCAUGUCUUGAUGAGAAGAUCGAAGACCUGGUGUCAACUGUUCUUUCAGACAACACCGCGACACUAUGUGCUGACCGCGAGUCGCUAGCACAUGCACCCUCAACUCUGGACAUCAAGACGUCCGCAGCACAGAAGUCCAACCUCUGCGACACGAACUAUCUGCUUACAGAGACCGUCCCAUCUAUGCCAGAGUGUCUGACGACUACCGAGGGCAAUGUUCGUCGCGAGUUGCACCCCAUCUUCCCUAAAGACAAUCCGGAUAAUGAACUCCGACACGACCAGUUCCAGCUUGAACAUCUCCCCGGCUUCAUUAGCACCGCGCAGUGCGAUGCGGACGUCCUCAAUGGUCUGGAGAUUGAACGAAACGAGGUCGCUGAGAUAAUGAAAGCCAUGCGGCGACAGUUGGAGUCUCUGCAUGCAUUCUCGCGGACGACCCCCGCUGCCAGUGACAGUACUCUCGCUGAGAUGGAGCUUUUGGACGCUAGUAUCGUCUCUAUGUCGAAGCUGCGCUGCAUGCAGGUGCGAGGCGCUGGCACUGACAAUCCUCUUCUACCAUGGGAACUUCCUUCAUGGACGAUCACGCGGUAUGAGGUCGACCGGUUUGAGAUGAUUGGCCAAGGGUCAUUCUCCAGAGUCUAUGCUGGAUCCUGGCGCGAUAGGGUUGUCGCCAUCAAGGUUCUCCACGAUUUCACCCCAGCUUCGACGUUUCGUCGAGAGGUCGAGCUGUGGCGCAGACUUAGGCACCCACAGGUCGUUCGUAUGUUCGGGGCGAGCAGUGCUCAUGGAUCCAAGCCCUGGUUCAUCGUGAGCGAGUUAUACGAACGUGGAAGCCUCGUGGAGUGGUUGCUGACCGCAGCGCGCGAAAAUCACACCACGUCACGCGAAUUGGACCAGUUCCGUUUCAUAUGCCAGAUCGCCAGCGGGAUGGAAUACUUGCACGAUCAGAAGGUGGUCCACGGUGAUUUGAAGUGCGCGAAUGUUUUCGUGAAUCUGGAGGGAAACUGCGCCAUUGCUGACUUUGGUCAGAGUGAGCUCAAGGAUGAUGCUUACAGGCUAAGCGGGUAUCAACGACCAAAGGGGACGCCGAGGUGGAAAGCCCCGGAAGUGUUGGACGGUGCCGCAGGUCCGACAAUGAAAGCUGACGUCUACGCUUUUGCCAUCUGCUGCGUGGAGAUCCUCAACAUGGGCGGCAUUCCUUACGGCACCCGGGACGACGAAGAUGUGAAGAGGAUUGUGCUCGAACACGAUGCUCGCCCAGAGGUGUCCUAUUCACGUCUUACCGACAUUCUUCUCCCAGUCAUCACCUGCUGCUGGGCGAGUGACCCUCGUUGUCGUUCAUUAUUUUCCGUUACGGUGCAUUCACUUCGAGGCUGUCGGGAUGUCUUAUAUUGCCAUGGUGCAAACGUCUUACCAAACCCUUGCACGCCAAGUGCUCCCGCGAACUCCCCAGUCGUUGGCUUCCCGGGCCGUCUCUCACCUGGCCCUCGAGUUCUUGGCACACCGACUUCUGACGGCCAUUCUUGGAUAGCACACUCUCCAUCGAUGUCCGAAUAUUAUAGCACGUCAUCUGGAUUUGGAUCUGAGUUCGGACAUUCAGAGCCUGACUCUGACUUGACGGACGUCCUAGAGCCGUCUAUGUCCAGCGGGACACCGGUUUUCAUGGAUACGUACACUGUCGGUGAGGUCGGCCCCGUCGCCGAGCACACCAUCGACGGCCUCCUUCCCGAGAUGUCCACGAAUACGUGGGCACAGGCCAUGCAGAACGAGAGGCGCUACAGGCUUUUGGCCAAGGACACCCAUGGGCAUGGAGGUUUUUUCUCGACGCCUCUAUGGUAUCCAUCACCUGUCGAGGUGGGUGCUGUGGGAUAUAUCUCCAAACCCGACGGGGAGUUCAUAACCCUCUGCAACGUCACUGAGAUUGGAGGAAAGAAGAAGGCCGAGGGUGACGUAGCAAAAUGCAUACCUCCCUUGCGGGAUUACGGUAGCAUCAACGUUGGGAAGACGCGUGUUCGAAGUGGUUCGCGUAGGCUGAGCAGAAUGUUCAGCUUUGGCUGCCACCAUGACGACGGCGAGAACGUAUCUCGUAGGCAACAAUUUACCCUGCAAGCUGGCAAGCCGACAGCUGCUGUCUACGCCGAGUCAUUCGAGUGCCGGGACUUCUCCGAUACUACCCCAGCUUCGCGGUGGUUUAAAGACAAUAUCCACACGAUCCUGCAAGAAUACGCACCGAAUCACCCUAUACAGAAAGAGGACGUCUUUCUUGUUACGGGCACUGUAAACGCGCACGACUACGCUCUCUUCGUGGCCGAUCCCAUUUCGUCAGGGGAGGCGUACUUCAACGUUUUCGCUUCUCGCAAAGCGAAUCAUCCGUGGGGCACUUUCACGGUCAAGUCUGAUGGUCAGGAGGUUUUCCCCGCGGGGGCCAGCUUUACGAGUAAGGUGUCACGGCGGCGGUCCGACAAGACUCGGGAUACUAUAAUCCUUGCGCGACUUCGCUUUGCGCCUGAUGCAGAGGAGCCGACCCUGUAUUAGAAAGCAUCGUCCCUCCCAUCUUAUCCAACGGAAUGGCUACAUACUUUUUUUCUGUUUCCUGUACUGUUACUGGUUCCUGCAGACAUAAUAUCGCAUUUCAUGUAUGGAUAGAUCGUGUUGUUUUGUACCUUUCGCACACAUGUAUCAUAGCAAAGCAUUUGAUCUGGUCAGAC